GACAUCACCACCCAGUCUCACAUCCAUUCCUCGCUCUCACCAACGUUGCAACAUGACCGGAAUCUCCUUCCAGAAGCUCGACAAGUUCUUCCCUGAGCCCAGUGCUCCGCCUUCGUCUUUGUGCCCUCAGAGACUCCCCGGGGACGAUGUUUCCGCGACUGAGGCGGUGGUGCGCACUGCUCGUGACAACCACGUCAAACACCAUGUCUUCUUCAACGAAAGAGGAUUCCACAAUCACGCCAUGCAUCGGGUGUUCGCAGUCUACGGCCUCGGUGCAACUGGUCCCGUCAUUGACGCGCUAUACGACGUCGACACAGGCAUGCAGCGCGAGCUCAAAACGCCCUCAGAGGAGAUAACGGCAGAGAACUUCGGCUCUCACCUCGGUGACGACAAGUACUACCUCGCUUUUCUCAACUUCUUUUCCAAGGAAAUCGACGAGCACGGCGUCACGGCAACUUUGGAAAAGUUCCUGUACUCUGACGAGCAUAACGUCGGCUCAAACGGCGAUGGAAACGCUAUGCUAGCGCGCAGCCUUGUCGGGGCUUUGCACUCGCCAAUUCACAUUGGGUAUGGCCUCGAGUUUGGCAUUCCAGGUCUUGUCGUAGAGGGUCUUGCUAUGGCAUCUGUCGACAUCGUGUUUAACAAGGACAUGCUCGACCCUAUCUUCUCGCUCGUCCCCAAGACGACCUCGGUACAAGGCGUCACGCAGAAGGUAGCGUCUCUCGCCGUCAACGGCAGCAACGGCGCUGCGAACGGUCAUUCUGGCGGAACAACAGCGUUCGACGUCAUCGCACGCAUUCUCAAGGACGACACGCUCAUCGGACGCAAGUUUGAAAUCCCUAUUCAGGGGAUUCGUGACACAUUUGAACAGCACGGCGAUCGCAUUCGCGAGCACGCCGACAAGUGGACAAUUGAUCUGUCUAAGCCUGGCGAGCUGGAGCGCAAGAUGGAGGAGCUACAAUGGCUCAAUGUCAUCCUCUACGGUAUCGGAGGAUGGACUGAGAACCAGGGACUGCAGGCCAACUUCUUCUACAUGCACCUCGUCACCUCGUGCCUCUUCCUCGCGCCCAACGUCGCUCCGCUCUCCCAGCGCUCACAGGAGAUCUUCCUCCGCGCGUACCUCACCCUCUCCCUCGGGUUCUACGUCAUGUUCGGCCGCCCCGCCCUUCCCAUCGCCGAUUUCGCGCGGUCCGCCUCGACCAAGGCCGCAGCGUCGUACGUUCCCUUCGCGCAGAACUCCCUCUACGAAGCGCAGUCGGAUCCGAAGGUGCACGCCGCCGCGCAGGGCGCGGCCAACCCCUGGCUCGCGCACGCGGAGAGCGCGAUCGUCGCGAAGGACGACCACUACGCGAAGAUCGUCCGCGCGCUGCUGCAUCUCGGGUCGCGCUUCGGGAGGCGCAAGGCCGGGUACUGGGCUGAGGUGGCGCCGAACUCGGAGUUGGCGGGGAUCGAGCUGCUGGACGGGUCGUUGUUCCUCCGCGUGGCGGGGUUGACGGCGCAGGCGGUGUACGAGACGCAGGUGUGGAGUUUCGAGUCGUAUGCUAAGGCGUAAGUGGUGGGGUUUUUCCCUUCUUCUGUAAUCAUGGCUUUGUAUUCUUAAAUGUGUAUGUACUAUAUUUUAGCAAAAUCAUUAUACUCCACUGUCAACG